AAAAAAAAAAAAAAAAAAGAAAGUAACGGUGUUAGAAUACAAAUGAUAGAAGAAUUUAAUUCUUAUUUCUGUGCCAUGAAAAAUGUUGGAAAAAAUUCAAGCUUUGAACCAUAAAAUGUGGUUUACUUUAAGUAAUAUGUCAGUGUAGAAGAAGUGAGAAUGGAUGAUUGUGAAGCUGUAGAUCCUCGAGUAAAAGAUCAGUUGGAGUACCUGAAUUCUUAUACUGACGAAAUCAACAGUCUUGAAUUACAGCUUGAUGAUGCAAAUGCAACUUUUCGGAAUACUUUGAGUGAAUACAGUCAAAGAUUGAAGCUGAUUGCUAAAAAAUUAGGCAAAUGUGUUCAGAUUGCAAGGCCUUAUUAUGAAGCAGAAGAAGCAAGCCAAGCUGCGAAAGUUGAGUGUGAAGAGGCUGCUAUUCGAUUCCAUAGAGCUUGUGGUGUACACAAAGAAACCAGGGAGACCAUUGCUAUGGCCGAAAAGAAAUUUAACUCAAAUAAAGAAGACUAUGAAUUUGAUGCUGCUUGGCAAGAGAUGUUAAAUAGGGAAACUAUAAAAUUAAUGAAUGCAGAAGCCUUGAAAAAGGAAAGUGAACAAGAGCAUAAAAGAACCACCCAAACCUUUGCUGCUGCUGUUCAGAAAGUUAAAGUGUUGGAACAAAAGCUUAAAAAAGACAUUGUGAAAUCAAGGUCGUAUUUUGAGCAAAAGAAAGUGUUUCUCAAAGUAUUACAAGAUCUGAAAAACAGGGUUGAGUCUUUGCAGAAAGCUGUAAUGGAUUCUAAAGCAUCUUAUGCUACAUGUCUUCAUAAUUUAGAGAUGAUUUCGAGUGAAAUUCAUGAGAGGAGAAAAAUGAAUUUACCUCCGAGGGAGCCUGGUGUUGGUGCAGAGUGGGAUGCUAAACUCAAUUCUGAAAUUUCAAUCCAUCCUCCUUUGCCAUUACUUCAACAAUGGGAAACUGAUAGUCAGAAAACUGAUACUCUAUCCUCUACUACUGAAGCAGAUAUUGCUUCUGAUUUGGAACAUUUGUGUCAGGAUAUAUCAUUGGAACCAAACUUCAGGCUUCCAAUUCAGCACAGUCUCAAAAAUCUUAUGCCAGAAUUACACACUGAAAUAUGUGAUGAUUCAUGUGCCAAUACCAGCGGGUCUGGUGAUUUACCUCUGCCAUCCAAUGCCAUGCCGUCCUCCACACCUUCUACUUCUGGAGAUUUUUGUGAAGAUACUUUUCAAGAAGUGGAUUUAAGUUCAUAAUCCAUAUGAUUGCCUUAGAAUGUAUGAAAGUUUUAGUUUAAUAAUGAUUCAGGUACACUGCCUUAGGAAAAUGGUUUUUCACUUUGUGAGUUUAAAUCUUGUACACGUGAAAAUUAUUCUGUGUAUUUUAAUUGUCAAUUUAUUUAAAAUGUAUAAGGGUGAAAUCUUUUACUCAAUUACUUUUCAUUUAAAUUUUUAUUCUUGAUAUCAGGGUGCCAGUAAAGGAAAACAUGUGUGAGAGACAAUCUCACCCUCUGUUGAAAAUAAAGUGAGAUUUUUAAAAAUUGAGAGAUUUUUUUUUUAAAUCUUAUUCAAUUUAACAGAUGUGAGACCAAGAAAGUCCACAUCAAAAUAAUUUUCGAAUGAGAUUUCUUUUAAAACGACGUGAUAAUCACAGUCUCACACUCUAUCGGGAACCUUACUUGAUAUAAUGUUCCUGGGUUGAACUAAAUUCAUUAUUAACCUUGAUGUAUAUGUAAAAGGUUCAUAAACCCAUGCUUUUAGUUUUCUUUAAUUUUGCUAUACUUUAUCUGAGGAAAUUAUUUUCUUUUCUUUUCUUUUUUCCCUUCUUUUCUCUUCCUUCAAUUCUCUCUCUCUCUUUGUGUUUGUGCAUUUAGUUUGAUUUAGAUCUGACAUUUUGAAAUAGGGGCAAAAAUGAAUGAAAAUCUUUCCUGCAUUUCAGCAGAUGCUUUUUUUUUCUGUAAAUUUGCUAAUUGUGAUACAUUUACUGAUCUGCUUCAAACUAUCAAAUAUAUGUUUUCCUGAUAACUUUUUGAGAGCUGAGUACUACCACUAGGAAACUACAAAUUUGUCAAAACAGAAUGGUUUAUUUCUGUUGAAAAGAAGACAUAAAUGCUUCUAAUUCAAUA